AUGAGUGCAGUGUCCCAAGCACUGGAACACGUCCAGAAGCAGGACGUGGUGACGGCCGUUGGCCCAGGAAAGGUCCGAGGCGUGAGUCCGACCAUGUCGCUAAGCCGCGACAGCAAGUCGGACCGUCAAAAAACGGUCAGGUUAGUAGGGGCGGAGCACCCUGCUGAUCCAGCAACGUCAAGAGAGUGUUCAUGA